GCUGUCGUCACGGUGGCCACGCCCCCUCGACCACUGUCUCAUCCUGUAAACAAAGCGAAAGCUCCGUCUGGACCUCCGUUACCCGCCGUCGGUUCGGCCCUCAGAGACCCGGACCAUGGCUCAGGAGGCCGGCGUGGUCCUGGACCGGGACCACUUCAACUGCUCCAUCUGCCUGGACACGCUGCGGGGCCCGGUGACCAUCCCCUGCGGACACAGCUACUGCUCCGGCUGCAUCCAGAACUACUGGGACCAGGACGACUUCCUGGGGGUGUUCGUGUGUCCGCAGUGCCGCCAGAGCUUCAGCCCGCGGCCGCCGCUCGCCAGGAACACGGUGCUGGCCGACGUGGUGGACCGCUUCAAGCGGACGGGGCUCCAGGAGGCCGCCGCCUCCGACGCCGGGCCCGCGCUGGCCCAGGCCGGCGACGUGGAGUGCGACGUGUGCGCCGGGAGCAAGAACAAGGCCGUGCGGUCGUGUCUGGUGUGCCUGGCCUCCUACUGCGAGCUGCACGUCCAGCCGCACUACGAGUCCGCCGCCUUCAAGAAGCACAAGCUGGUGGCGGCGUCCCGGCGGCUGCAGGACGCGCUGUGCCCGCGGCACGACAAGCUGCUGGAGGUCUACUGCCGCACCGACCGCCGCUGCAUCUGCUACCUGUGUCUGACGGACGAGCACAAGGGCCACGACACGGUGCUGGCGGAGGAGGAGACGCAGCACAAACAGAGGAAGCUCGGCGACAUGAAGCAGAGCUCCCAGCUGAGGACCCAGCAGUUGGAGAAGGACGCCCAGGAGCUCAGACAGGCCAUUUUCUCUCUCAUGCGAUCGUCUCGGACUGUGGCCGAGGAGAGCGACGCCAUCUUCACCGAGCUGAUCCGCUCCCUGGAGCUCAAGCGCUUCGAGGUGCGGGAGCUGAUCAGCGCCCAGGAGAAGGCGGCGGUCGGCGAGGCCGAGCGCCUGCUGGAGAAGGUCCAGAAGGAGAUCGGCGAGCUGAAGAGGACGGAGGCCGAGCUGGACGAGCUGUCCCGCACUGAGGACCCCGUCCAGUUCCUGCAGAACUUUCAGGCUCUCCACGACCCUCCCCCGCCGUCGGCCUCGCCAGCGGUCAACUCCUACCAGAAGCUGACCUUCAGCCCGGUGAUCACGGCCGUGGCGGACUUCAAGGCGCUGCUGCAGGAGGUGUGCCAGGGAGGCUUCGUCUGCAUCUACGAGAGAGUGAGGGACGUCGCCAUCGUGGACCCUCAGCGGGAGGAGGGGCAGAGCGACAUGGCGCUGGGCGGCGCCGGCGGGGCGGCCGAGCACAGCGCGGCGGCCACAGCGAGUCCUCCCGUCGGCCUGGACCAGAGCCCCGUCAACCCCCUCAACCCGUUCCUCAGCCCUGCAGCCAGCGCGCCCACCUUCGCCUUCCAGCCGUUAGGCUUCAAGCUGUCGUCGGGAUCCAGACAGAGACACGUGCAGCGCCGUGCACACCCCCGCAGGAAGUGACCGCCACCGGCCUGGACCAGCACCUCAAACAGCACCUGCUAUUUUCCACAGGAUCAUAUGUUUUAUUUCACUUUGAGUUUUUAUUCUCUUCUUAUGUGUUUUUCAUCUUGAAAGAAAAGUCUGAUUGUCAUUCAUUUUCAUUUUUUUUUUAAAAAAAGAGUGUUAAAUUAAAAAUCAGACUCAA